AUGUCUGACGACAAGGCACCUUCCACCCUCCAGUCCUACGUGGACUCUGCCACUGGAGCUGUCCAGAGCGCCCUUGGAAGCUUGACCGGGAACACGAGCGACGAGGCCAAGGGCGAUGCCAAAAAAGACGCUGCCAAAGCUGAGCACGAAGCUUCUCAGGCAUCUGUCAAGGUGCCUGGGGCUACUGUUUCCGCCGAUGGAGGUGUCAGCAAGGACCACCCCGAUCGUGCCGCGGGCAACUGGAAUCAGACUGUUGGUUCCGCCAAGGAAGCCGUUGGUGGUUUGAUCGGUAGUGAGAAUUUGGAAUCUACCGGUCGUCAACAGAACCUUGAGGGUCAACAGCAAGAGGCCAAGGGCCAGGUCAGCGACUUGGGCUCUGGCGUGGCCGCUCGAGCUCAGGGUACCGUUGGGGGGGCCAUUUCCAACAUGACUGGUGACAAGGAGGGACAGGCUCACUAUGACCAGAUGCGAGCUGACGGCAAGGCCCAACAGCGAGGCGUGGAACACGAUCUUGAAAAGCGGGCCGAGGCGGAACAGAAGAAAGAAUGA